CAAUGGGCAAACAAUAUGCUAGAGAACCAGCAGUUGCUAAAAAAUCAGCCAAAGCUAAAGCAAGUGAUUUGAGAACACAUUUUAAGAAUACCUAUGAAGUAGCUAGAGCACUUAAAGGUUAAACUGUUGCUUAAGCACUCAAAUAUUUACAAGAUGUCUUAUAGCAUAAGAGAUGUGUUCCAUUCACUAGAUUUAAUGGAGGUGUUGGCAGAACAAGCUAAGCCAAAGAAUUCGGCAGAUCUUAAGGUAAAUUAAUGAAAUAAUAAUUAUUAUAGGUAGAUGGCCAGAAAAGAGUGUAAGAAUAGUAUUGUCACUUUUAUAAAAUUUGGCAGCUAAUGCUUAAGUCAAGAAUUUGAGCAAUGAAAAGCUUAUCAUCAAUCAUGUUUAAGUUAACAGAGCUUAAAAAGGUAGACGUAGAACAUACAGAGCUCACGGAAGAAUUAAUCGUAAAUAAAAUUAUUAAAUAAUAUAGCAUUCCUUUCAUCUAAUGCACAUGUUGAAAUAUGGGCUGCUGAAAAAGAUGAGAAUGUGAAGAAAGAAGCAAAUAAUAAGGUUGUUGCUCGUUAAUCAAGAAAAUAAGUAGCUAAGAAUAGAUUGGCAAUUGGUGCAUGAG